GACUUUUUAGUCAUCAAGAUCUAACCUCCACAGUAGUGCAUGUCUUGAAUUUUGAUGUUAUGGUGAUAUAAAUACUAACUAAUUACUAGCAUUUAAUGAAAAAUGCCGUAUCCCACUUCUCCAUUCAAUGAAAACUUCAAUUAUAAACUGAUAAAUAGUUUGUUAGUUGAAUUGGAUUAUGACAAUAAAAUUUCAAAUGAAGAAUUAAUGUUUACUCUAAAAUGGCUAUGUUCUUCCCCAAAAAUGACUACUAUAAGGGUUAAUACUCUAAAAAAUAACGUCCAAAAUGUGCUGCAUAUUCUUAGACAGUUUCUAAAAGAAACCAAAAUGUAUAUUCAUCAUUGUCUCAGUAAUGUUGUUGUUAUCGAAAAUACAGCUUUAUGUGAAGAACUUGAAAAACAUGAGAAAGAAGUUAUAGUAGACACAGAAUGUGCAUCGGCAGUACUAAGAGGAGCUCACAUAUAUGCACCUGGAGUGUUAGGAAUGGUUGCAGGAUGUCAGCUUAACGAGGAUGUUAGUAUAUAUGCAGAUAUUGCCAAAAAAUGUAAAAAAGGAUUCCAAAAGGUUUAUGAUAGUACAUCUAAAAUACAUAUUGGAAAUGGUAAAAUAAAAAUGCAACGUCACCAUCUAUUUUCAACAAAAAAUAUACAAUAUAAUGGUGUUGCAGUAGAAGUAUCAAAGACAAUAUCUGGAUGUCCUACUAUAAAUGAAAACAUACUACCAGCAGGUGAUAUUUUACUGCAAAACAUUCCGUCCAUUUUAUGCGUCAAAACUCUCAAUCCCAAACGAGGAUCUGUUGUGAUCGAUUUAUGUGCUUCACCGGGAAAUAAAACCACAUAUAUAGCCGAACUUAUGGAAAAUAAGGGUGUUAUUAUUGCUAUUGACAAAACUCCAAAAAAAGUAUCACAACUUCAAGAACGCUGUGAAAAUUUCGGGGCCAAUGUUAAAGUUUAUCAAGCUGAUUCUACGACGAUUAUUAUAGAGUCACAGACUUCAUCUAGAACUGUAGAAGAUGGUCCACCAUUUCUACCAGAAUCUUUCGACAAUGUACUUUUAGAUGCACCUUGCAGUGUUCUGGGAAAAAGACCUCAAUUAGCCAAUAGAAUGUCUGAAAAUGAAAUAAAAUCUUAUGUGCCGCUACAACGCAAAUUAUUUGAAACUGCUACUAAGUUGUUGAAACCAGGUGGGACUAUGGUAUAUAGUACUUGUACUAUAACUUUGGCUGAAAAUGAAGGUAUUAUAGCAUGGGCCUUGAGGACUUUCAACUUUAUAGAAUUAUUAAAACCUCCCCUUAAUUUGGGAGAGCCCGGAUGGAUAGGAACUUCAUUAACAGAAGAACAAAGAAACUUCGUACAAAGAUUUGGGCCAAAUUCGAAGAUUGAUUCUGUUGGCUUUUUCUUUGCUUAUUUUAGAAAAAAAUCGUGACUGAGAUAAAUAACUAAUAAAAUUAAUUUUAUCUAAAGCUAA